GCAAAGAUCAGAAUUUUAUUUUUUUGGUGUCUAGAUGAAAUUAAUAAUUGCUGUAGACGUAGUUCUUGCCAGCAUCUUGACAAUAUUUAUGGAAACAGGCGUUAUAGCCAACACAUGUAGCCCAACUCUUAGGAAUAUCAAUAGGGGAGUUAGCAUUAGAAAUAUAUUUCUUGAAUCCGCAAUUCUUUCCAGCUUCAUAAGUAGGUCCAACACCAGGUCCAUGUUCAUUUGGAGCAUCAACACAUCUUUGAUAGUUCAAGAAAACACAGCCUUGUACAGUUUGGGCAAGGACAAAGGCAAGAACGACAAUGGAAAACAAAUAUUUAAGCAUCUUGAUAAACUAUAGUAAUA